GUUUAUCUUCAGAAUUUUUCAGAUUUUCUGUGAAAGAAGAGAAUGUAUAAAGUUCCUCGAAUUGGAUAAUUCUGAUCAGUUUUAAACCCCCGAGAGAUUUCAAUAUAAUAAUCUACUGAAUAUAUUGGGAAAGGAUAAUAAACGAGAAGAUCUAGAAUGCAUCUGGAAGUGUUGAUGAUAUUACUUGUAUUCUGCUCUGGCAGCCAAGAAGCAUCUAUGGAUAAAGAUCAUGAUAGAAUCAUUCAUGGUAAACCCCUGAGUAAUAAGGAGCAUGAGCAUGGUGGAGAGGAGGGGGACUUUGAGUAUGAUCACGAGGCAUUCCUGGGGGACCAGGCAGAGGAGUUCGACGAACUUUCUCCAGCUGAAUCUCAGCGACGUCUUGGGAUAAUUGCAGACAAGAUAGAUGCGGAUAAAGAUGGCUUCAUAACAAUUCCUGAACUUCAUGACUGGAUAAAAAAUACGCAAUCGAGGUAUAUAGAUGAGGAUGUAGAAAGACAGUGGCAGAACUAUAAACGGUUAGAUAAGGAAACCAUAAACUGGAUCGAAUACAGAACAGCAAUAUAUAGUUUUCUAGAUGAGGGAGAUGUUGAUGAAUCGGAGGAUGGAUUUUCCUAUAAAGAGAUGGAGGCCCGAGAUGCCCGGCGUUGGCAGUUGGCUGAUACAGAUCAAGAUGGGGAGCUCACAAAGCUAGAAUUCCAGGGAUUUCUGCACCCUGAGCAUGCCGAGCAUAUGAGAGAUAUUGUUGUGCAGGAAACUCUAGAGGAUAUUGACAAGGACAAAGACGGACAGAUUAGUGUUGCAGAAUACAUAGGUGAUAUGUACAAGGGUGGAGAAGAGGGAGGAGCUGAACCAGACUGGGUUCAGACAGAGAGAGAACAGUUCCAGAAAUUCAGGGAUAGUAACGGAGAUGGAUAUAUGGAUAUGGAAGAAGUAAAAUCCUGGAUAAUUCCUCCCGACUUUGAUCACAGUGAGGCUGAGGCAAAACAUUUAGUAUUUGAGGCGGAUGUAGAUCAGGAUAAUAGGCUUACUAAACUAGAGAUUUUGGAUAAGUAUGAUCUUUUCGUUGGAUCUCAGGCAACAGAUUUUGGAGAGGCUCUCUCUCGACAUGAUGAGUUUUAAAUUCUACCUUUCCAAAAAUAAGAAUUAUGAAUAAAUUUUCCAGUGAAAAUAUGAAAAUAUUUAAAAUGUUAAGAUUUUAAUUAAGUGCACAAGGAUUAGUUGCGUAGUUAAACAUGAUACUCUAAUUAGUUGAUGUGGUAUGUUGAAUGUAUUUUCUUUUAUUUAUUUAGUAAUACUUUGCUAGAUUAAAAACAAAUAAAAUGAAACUCACAUUUGUAAGAUUUCUAGUUCCCGAAGAACGCACAUAAUACUC